AUGUCUUCAAACAAGGUUGUUUUCACUUCAAAUAAUGUUCUCCUUCCUGGGAACGAAUCUUGCAAGCCUGCAACAGUAAUUGCUGACAAGACAACAGGAAAAAUCGUCGAAGUCCGCGAGAGUCGUUCCUCUCGUUCUGACUUUCCUGAAGCUAAUGAUAAUGAAUGGAUCGAUGCGGGGGAUAAAUCAAUACUGCCUGGGCUUGUAGACUCUCACGUCCAUUUGAAUGAACCUGGCCGAACAGACUGGGAGGGAUUCUGGACGGGCACUCAAGCGGCUGUGGCGGGUGGCGUCACUACAGUAGUGGAUAUGCCGCUCAACUCGAUCCCACCGACGACGACAAAGGAGAAUCUAGCGAUUAAGCGAAAGGCUGCAAAAGGUCAGUGUUGGAGUGACGUUGCGUUUUGGGGAGGAUUGAUACCGGGAAAUGAGCAUGAACUUAGGGCUAUGAGUGAAGAUGGAGUAAAAGGGUUUAAGUGUUUUAUGAUUGAGAGUGGAGUCGAGGAAUUCCCAUGUGUCAAAGCCGAGAACAUCGAAAAGGCAAUGCAGGAAUUGCAGAACACCGAUACCGUUCUACUCUUUCAUGCUGAGCUUGAAUCAGAGAAAGUUCAUGCCGAGGCAAGGCCAGGAACAGAUCCUCAUUUAUACGAAACGUACCUCGAUUCCAGACCAGAGGAGUUAGAAUGCGACGCAAUCAAUCUAAUUAUCAGCCUGCAAAAGAAGUACCCGUCAGUGCGUUGUCACAUUGUGCAUCUCUCCGCCGCCUCUGCGCUCCCGUCAAUUCGCGCCGCACGUAAAGCAGGAGCACGUCUAACCGUUGAGACGUGUUUCCAUUAUCUCGUACUCGCGUCAUCGUCAAUCCCAGACGCAGCACCGCAGUACAAAUGUUGUCCGCCAAUUCGUGAUGAAGCUAAUCGCAAUGCACUUUGGGAAGCGUUAGUCGAUGGUACGAUUGAUUGCGUUGUAUCAGACCAUAGUCCAUGUGUUGCAGAGCUCAAACGGCUGCAAGAUGGAGACCUUAUGAAAGCGUGGGGUGGAAUUAGUACUCUUGGACUUGGGCUUAGCUUGCUUUGGACUGAGGGUAAGAAGCGCGGAGUCAGCAUUGGGCAAAUUAUGAAGUGGACAAGUGAGGCGACUUCGAAGCAAGCCUCUUUACAGGACAAGAAAGGAGCGAUUCGAGUUGGUUGGGAUGCUGACUUGAUUAUUUGGGACCCAGAAGCCCAAUUUAAGAUCACCAAGGAGAAUUUACACUUUAAGAAUAAGCUUUCGGCUUAUGUUGGUAUCACCGUGCAGGGCAAGGUGGAGAAGACGUUCGUCGGAGGCCAACUCGCUUGGAAUGCGAGUGUCAAUGGAGGAGGCCCGCAACCAAUAGGCCAUCUUAUUUGA